UCUCUUGCUGCUUUUAAGGUUCUUUAUCUUUAAUUUUUCCAUUUUAAUUAUAAUGUAUGGAUCUCGUUUGAGUUCCUCUUACUUGGGACUCUGUGUUUCCUAAACCUGGAUAUAUGUUUCUUUUCCCAGGUUAGGGAAGUUUUUAGCUAUUGUUUCUUCAAAUAAAUUAUCAGCUAUCUUCUCUUUCUCUCUCCUCCUUCUGGGACCCCUAUAAUGUGAAUGCUUGAUGUUGUCCCAGAAGUUUCUUAAAUUAUUUUCAGUCUUAAAAUUCUUUUUUCUUUUUUCUGUUUGGCUUGCGUGAUUUCUACUACUCUGUCUUCCAGUUCACUGAUCCAUUAAUCUACUGUUGAUUCCUUCUAGUGUCUCUUUUGUUUGUUUCACUUAUUGUAUCCUUCAGCUCUGUGUGUCUAAUACUUUGUUAAAAUUCUCACUGUUCAUCCAUUCUUCUUCUGAGUUCAGUGAGCAUCUUUAGGACUUUUACCUCUUUAUCAGGUAGAAUGCCUGUAUCCACUUCUCUAAGCUUUCUCUGAGGUUUGUCUUAUUCUUUCAUUUGGAACACAUUCCUCUGUAUCCUCAUUCUGCCUAAUUCUGUUUUUAUUUCUAUGCAUUAGGUAGGUUGGUUACAUUUCCCAAUCAUAGAGAAGUAAUCUUAUGUAGGAGGUGUCAUAUGAGGCCCAGGCAGCACACCCCUCUCUGGCCACCAGAGCUGUAUGCUCCAGGAGAUCCCCCUAUAUGGGCUGCACGAGCCCUUCUGUUGUUUCAGAGCUGACUGUUGUGGGGACACUUGUAGGCAGGGCUGGCCCCAGCCCUGUUGGAAGCCAGGCCCUACCUCGUGCAGUGGCUGCUGGCCCACUGUUGGAAGGGACUGGGUCCCUCUGUGGCUGGCUGCACAGCCUGUGGAAUGCCUGGACUGGGGCCCAGGGUGGCUGGCUGCAUGGCCUGGGGUGUCCUGGGUAUUGGCCCACUGGUGGGCAGAUAAGCCUCCAGCACUAAUGGGCUACAAGGAGGACUCCAAAAUGGUGCUUAUUAGUACCUCACGGUAGAAAGAGCUCCCCAGAAUGGCUGCUGCCAGUGUCUGUGUCCAGGGGGAGUCCCAGCUGCCUCUGCCUCUUCAGGGGGUGCUUCAAGAUCAGCAAGUGGGUCUGAGCCAGUCUUUCAAAUCACUGCCUCCUCUGCAGUGUGAUUUGGAGCAUGUGAGAUUUCGCAUGCGCCCUUUAAGAGUGGAGUAUCUAUUUCCUGCAGCCCUCUGGCUCUCUAGUUAGCAAGGCCCACUGGCCUUCAAGGCCAGAUACUCUGGGGGUUCAUCUUCCCAGUGCAGGACCCCCAGGCAGGGGAGCCCAAUGUGGGGCUCAGACCCCUCACUCCUUGGGGAGAGCCUCUACUUUUGAUUAUCUUCCCAUUUGUGGGUCACCUACUUGGGGUAUGGGUCUUGACUGUACUGUCUCUGCCCCUCCUACCUGUCUCAUUGUAGUUCCUUCUUUAUGUAUUUAGUGUGGGGAAUCUUUUCUGUUACUCUUCAGGUCAUUUCCAGAAAUAGUUGCUGUGUAAAUUGUAAUUUCAGUGUGCCCAUAGGAGGAGGUGAGCUCAGGGUCUUCCUUCUCUAUCAUCUUGGCCACCCUUUGUGACCAUCUUUUAUCUUGUACAUACUUCUGUUAAAGUAUCUGCUGUGCAUACUGCAUUUAAGAAUUUAAUAGUUACUUCCUUGUCAGAAUGUAAGCUCCCCAAUGACAAGAAUAGUUGCUUUCAUUCACCUUUGUAUGUUGAGCAGAGUUCCAGGCAUGGAGUGAUAUUUCAGUAAAUACGUACUGAAGAAAUAUUUUAUGUAUGUAUAAAACAGGGUACAGAGUUAGAGUGUAUCUUAACUCUCUAGAGUAAACCCUAUAGUUGGCACAUGAAGAGCUAAUUUACACAUGUCUUUUUGAUGGUACUCUGUUCUGAUCACUUCAGUUUGAACAGAAACAUGUUGUUUCAGGGGCCAGUGACAUUCAAGGAUAUUACUGUGGAAUUCACCCGGGAGGAAUGGCAGCUGCUGGAUGCUGCUCAGAGGACCCUGUACAGGGAAGUGAUGCAGGAGAACUACCGCCACCUGAUCUCAGUGGGUUAUCGUGUGAAUAGGCCAAAUGCAGUCUUCAAGUUGAAGCAAGGAAAAGAGCCAUGGAUAUUAGAAGUAGAAUUUCCACGUCGGAACUACCCUGAAGACCUAUGGAAUAUUCAUGAUCAAGGACCAAGAAAUCAGGAAAGCCAAGCUGAAAAUACAAGGAAUGGAGAACUCACAAAACAUCAGAAAACUGAUACCACAGAGAAAGCCUAUAAAUGUAAUGAAUGUGAAAAGUCCUUCUGCCAGAAGUCUGCUCUCAUAGUACAUCAGCACACUCACUCAAAGGACAAACCCAGCGAAUGUGGCAAAUCUGCCCCUAGGAAUGGAGACCUCACGAGGCAACAGAAAACUCAAACCAGAGAGAAAACCUAUGAAUGUAAAGAAUGUAAGAAAACUUUCUACCACCUGUCAUCUCUCAGUAGACAUCUGAGAACCCAUGCAGGGGAGAAACCGUAUGAAUGUAAUCAGUGUGAGAAGUCCUUCUACCAGAAGCCACACCUCAUGGAACAUCAGAAAACACACACAGGAGAGAAACCCUAUGAAUGUACUGAAUGUGGGAAGUUCUUCUAUGUUAAGGCAUACCUCAUGGUGCAUCAGAAAACACACACAGGGGAGAAACCCUAUGAAUGUAAGGAAUGUAGGAAAUCCUUUUCCCAGAAGUCACACCUCACAGUACAUCAGAGAACACAUACAGGGGAGAAACCCUAUAAAUGUAAGGAGUGUGGGAAAUUCUUCUCUAGAAAUUCUCACCUCAAAACUCAUCAGAGAACCCACACGGGAGAAAAACCCUAUGAAUGUAAGGAAUGUGGGAAAUGCUUCUACCAGAAGUCAGCCCUAACAGUACAUCAGCGAACUCACACAGGGGAGAAACCCUUUGAAUGUAGCAAAUGUGGAAAAAACUUCUACUAUAAAUCAGACCUCACUAAACAUCAGAGAAAGCACACAGGGGAGAAGCCCUAUGAAUGUAGCGAAUGUGGGAAAUCUUUCUCUGUGAAUUCAGUCCUCAGAUUACAUCAGAGGACUCACACAGGAGAGAAACCCUACGAAUGUAAGGACUGUGGGAAAUCCUUCUCUCAGAAGUCACAUUUUAUCAUACAUCAGAGAAAACACACAGGAGAGAAACCCUAUGAAUGUCAGGAGUGCAGGAAAACUUUUAUCCAGAAAUCAAAACUCACUGCACAUCAGAAGACACACACAGAAGGGGAAAGCUAAUGAAUAGUAUAAAUUGGGAAAUUCUGUCUGAAUUCGUUCUUGAGAAUAAUCAGAUAAUUACAUAAGGCAUCUUAUGGAAUAUCAAUACAGGAAAAUUUCAGCCACAAUGUUUCUUCACAGAGGGAAAUUCUAUAAAUGUUAGGAAAUGUUACCUAUACAUCAGACUUUACUAAAUAUCAGACAACACAGACGGCAGAAACACUACAAAUAGCAAAACAUGAGGGAAACCUUUCUUUCAGAAGUCAUACUUUAUUGUACAACACAGAAAUCACACAAAAGAGAAAUCCUGUAAGUAAAAUGUAUGUCAGGAAAUUUCCUAUCAGGGUGGCCAUCAUUUAAACAUCCAGUAGCUCACAGGAGUGAUAAAUUCCUGUCAGUAUCAUGAGCAUUCAGAAAUCUUUUUAUGUCAGAUGGACUCAUACUAGAACCCUCAGAGGGGAUAAUCACAAAGAUUGCAACAUACAUGGAAGGCUUUAUCAAGAAAUGUUUUGGUGAAUGUUAGAUUGCUGAUACAAAGUACAGAAUCUUUCUAGAUAUUUUAAAUAUGUGAAAGCUUUUUAACAAACAUUCUAAGAGAAUCUGUACUGAGGGAAACAUUUGUAGUAGAAGUCAUGGUGCAGAGAUGUGAUUACAAGGUGGUGGUUUUUCUUUUAAAGAAACCUGCAAAUGUCUAAAUAUAUAAAGCUUUUUAAAAAGUACAAAUAAAUUGAAUAACUAGGUGACAUCACUAAACACACGUGAAGAGUCCUUUAAUAUGCAGGACUUCUGUGUGAAUGUCAGUGUGCCACAGGACACAAAUUGUGGGUGUUGUGCAUGUGAACCCAUCCAUAAUCGUACCUAGGGAAGUACGUAACCUUAGUUCAGUAACUUUUGUGUAUAUGAAGAUAUCUCUCGUUAGUCUCAGCAGUGACUCCUGUUGUUAAUAUAAUGUGUAUUUAAGUGUUACAUUCUUUUAAAAUUAUGAUGUAUCUUUUUCUCUUAUUUCCUGACAGUUUUAAAUGGAUGUAGACAUUACUGAACUAAUCCUUCAGAAAAAGCUAAAGAUGUUUUGUAACAUUUUCAGCUGUCUCAUGGUCAGCUAAAUUUUACAUUAGGGAUACAUUUAUUUAUAGGAUAGACCUGAGUUUAUUUUUUAAAACCGCUGAAAACACUACACAAUUAAGAAAAAAUAAUGCUAUGUAAAGAAAUUAUCUGUCUUAAUGUCAACGUUUUAGCAAGGUGCAGUGUUACCUGCAUUUGUAUUUUAUAUGAGAGUCCUAAAUGGUCUUCACUACUUUUUUCUUCUUAAGUAGCAACAUGACAUGGAAGUUAGGAGUGUGGACUCUGGACUCCUGCGUAGGCUCAGUUUCUAGCAUGAGGCAUUCCACUUACCUCUCUGUGCCUCAGUUUCCUUUUCUAUAAACGAGAAGUGAUAGUAAUAAUAUGUUAAGAUUGCUUUGAGGUGUAAAUGAGUUAACUCUCUUAAAGCACUUAGAAUAGUGUCUGAGACACAAGAAGAGCUAUCUGUUAGACAGUAUCGUUAUUUUCAUUUGUACUCCUUGAAUUAUGCUGCAAAAAAUAAAAGGUUGGCUGCCAACAUUCAUUCCCCCACUUCAUUGCUGUGGUGCCUUGGUUUGGUUUGGUUGUACGUUUUCCCACAAGUGAUUCAGAUCUGGCCCACUGCAAGCUAAGAAUGGUUUUACAUUUCUAAAUGGUUAAAAAAAACUUAAACUGUAUCUUGUGACAUGUGAAAAUUCUAUGAUUUUUCAAAUUUAUCCAUAAAUACAAGUUUUAUUAGAACACCAAAAAAAAAAAAAACCCAUUUUUUUCUGUUUUGCCUGUCACAUUACAAUAGCAGAGCCCAGUAGCCCUCAGAGAAAACCGUACGGCCCACAGAGCGUAACUUAGUUACUCUCUGGGGCUUUACAAGUUUUUCUCAGAACUGAAAACAUCACAACCAAUGUCAAGAUACUUUUAUGUAUGGUAUUUGUUUAGAAAUGAUGCAAAUAGCAAUUUGUGGGUGGGUGUAUUUUUGCAAUAUAUUUAUUAUAUGCAUUAUAUUUAUAGGAUACAAACAUAAGCAUUAGAAUUUUUUUCCAAAGAAAUGUGUUUUACCUUCUGUCAUAUCAAAGCAAAUUUCCUGAUGAAAUAUAGCAGUAAAUGUAUGAAGUAAACAUUGUCUAAAUUAAAUUGUUAAUUGAUCACUAA